AUGGUCGCCAUUCGCUCCCUUUUUAUACUUUCCGCAGCCGUUGGCAUCGCGUCUGCUGGGAAAUGCAAGCCCGAAAGCCGUUCGAGUUCAGUCGUGUCGGUGCUCAGCAGCACUGCUUCCGCCAGCGACGCCGCCUCGUCAACCGCUUCAGCCUCGGCCACCCUCAUUGGGUCUACUACUCCUACUACGACUGAUACAACAGUGGAAACGAACCUCAUCGAGUCUGCUACAGAGACUGCUUCUAGCGCCGAUGCCACGGAGACUGGCACAACCGAAUCGAAGCCCACGACCUUCCUUACUUCUUUCACCACGUCGAAUGCAGACACCACUACGGAACUAGCUGCAACCACCACUUCAACUGCCUCCGGUCCCGUUGUCACCUGCCCCUCGGAUGUAGAGCAGUGCCUUGGUACCAUGGAAAUUCAAUGCAACGUGAUCCUCUCAGGCCUGGACAGCCCUACCAUCGUCGCUGAUCUGAACGAAUGUGCCCAGCAAUGUAACUCCGACACCUCUUGUGUGGCAUUCACGUAUUCGGAGGGCCAACGAGAAUGCUUCAAAGUUACUGCUUCUCAAUCCUACGGCACCGUGAACUUGAGUGGCUGGGUAUCUGGCAUCAAGGGAACAUGCAGCCAAAGCACCGAACCCAGCAGCACAGUCUUUACAUCCACCGCUGAAACCACUACAACCGAGGCAGCCACAACUACAACCGCAGCAGCACCGGUAAACAACUGUCCCUCCGAGACUGGCCAGUGCAUAAACGGAGCUCUUAUUCAAUGCGAUGUCGCUCUGGGUGAUCUGAGCAUUGCCGGUAUCUCUAAUGAUAUCACCGAGUGCUUUCAGUUCUGUGCGGGUAAUGACGAUUGCCGUGGCUUUUCCCGUAGACGAGACACUGGUGCGUGCUUCCUGGUUUUCGCUGAUCCCGACGACGUCACUCAGGAGGCCCGAGAGGGAUGGGACAGUGGCAUCAUGUAUUCUUGCUUCAACUAG